AUGAAAGUCGAGACUCUUAUGCAGGUCAUUCGCAACCAGUAUGAGGGAGACACCCGCUCUACGCUCGACUAUGCCGAUCUCGAUCAACUCCUCCCCGCCCUCAACAUGGCGAUGUGGGUGGCCAAGGGCCGUCCCCAGCAGCAGCGCGUGGCACAAUCCGCAACACCAUCGCAAGCCUCUUCGCGAGCCACGGACGACCAGGCUAAUCCAUCGCUUCCUGAUGGUCUGGCUCCCAACAGCCCCACUUCGCCGCCGCCGCCGCCAGCUUUGCAGCAAGUUGAGCAGCCCCAGCUCACGCACCACGAAGCAUCAUCUUCGUCAAGCACUGCGGUAACGCCAGCUCCAUCCACGGCAACGGAUAGCUUGACUUCCAGCAUCAUUAAAAGCAAUCAGACUGGAGAUACGGAGGCUACGCAAAUCACGCAUUUGCAAGAAUACGGAAAUGGGAAUGCCUCACCGGCAGCACAGCCAGUCACGACGUCUUCCAGUAAUGAUGUCAGCGCUUUCCACGCUCAAUCCCAAGCUCUCUCGGCAGCCACUGCCAGCAACAUAGCACCCAGAAAGAAGGCCAAGAGCACGGGCCUUGCCAGAGCAAAGAGCAGGCCGACGUUCGUUGUCAACCCACACCACGCUGACAUGGGCAUUUUUGCUGGGAAGACUGUGGAUGAGAUUCUCACUCCCAAUAACGGCAUCACUCACUCCAGCGGCCACAAAGAUGCCGUGGAGAAGAUCAAUCAGAAGCGCAAGGCAGAAGGAUUGCCUGAGAUGAGAUUCAAGGACAGGACGUGGAACCAUCGGCUGGAGGACGCUCUCAUGCACAAAUUGGGUCGUGCAAACUACGACAGCUCCUUGGAGGAAAUUCGCGACGCAAGGAAAAAUGACCAAGCGCGUGCUGCCUAUGUCGCUAUGUUGAUGAAUGAUCAGACCAACGAACACAACCCGACAAGCGUUUGUACGGAGGAGUCUUGCAUCGGCAAGCGGGCUCGUGCACAGAAGAAGUCACUGAGCGCUUUGAACGCCUCUACACCAGCGAAUGGAGGCUAUGGCACUCCGUACGCGACAGGCUCGGCAACUGCGAGUUUGUUUGAUGGGUCGAGCAGCGAGACGCCUGCCAGUGAAGUUUUCAAUGCCAACGCCGGGACCACAGCGCCUAGCUCGCUCAAGCACGCACGAGAUGUCAACAACGCCGAGCCAGCCUUCGAGCAACCGGACGGGGUCAACAUCAAGCGUCGAAAGGCUCGGCAGGGCCGGGUGUUGAGAGGGAAUGGGCAAGCACAAGGAUCCGACGAUCCUGCUCUUGACCCAGCUCUCUUUUCCAGCAAUCAAGCUCAGAGCCGUGCGCCAUACCAUCAAUACUCUCAGCAAGGCAAUGCAGGGUUGAUUCAAAAUGGAUAUGCACCAGUUGCUGAGGCCCACAAUCACCCGCCUUCUACCUUUACUGCACCUGGCCUCCAUGCCGCUACCACGUACUUCGAUGACCAGGCCAGCGACAGCAUGAGGACAGAAGACGUCGAUGGUGCGGUUGUCCACCAGCAGGUUGACGAUGAACAAGGCUUUGGAGAGGUCGCUCAGAGCUUUGAAGAAAUCACUGCACACGUGGGCGGCGGCAUUGAUACUCACCACGACGGCCCUGCGCCAACGCACUUCGACCAACACAACGAUUGA